AUUGAUAAUCACAAUUAUGAAGUUCAACACUUUACACUAUAAUAAAUAAUAAUUUAAUUUAAAUAUUGAUAAUUAAUUAAAAGUAAAAAAAGUACUAAAGUAGUCGAAAUUAAAACAUUGAAUUCGAAAAAUAGUUUUUAAAAAUGAUUAAUUCCUAAAUUUAUAAUCUUUUUUUUUUUUUAUAUUCAAUUGUUUAAUUCUAUAAAUUUAAACUAAACACAAUGCCUUUACCUCCAGCUUUGGCUAAAAAGUUGGCAACUCGAGGAAUACUUACUGAAAACGAAGCUAAGAAUAAUACAAAAGAAGUUGAAGAAGAAGUAAUUGCAGAAUGUUAUGAUGACAUUGAUGAUACAAAUGAUAACUCAGGUUCAGAUUCACAAGAUAGUGAUGAAGAAAAUGAUAAACCAGAUCCUAAAAUCUUAGAUAAAUUCAAAGGUCAUCAUGGUUGUCCAAAUAAGUCAAAUGUAUAUCAUGAAUGCACUAAGUAUUGUGAACAGCGAUGGAAAAAUGGUAUCAAACGACCAAGGAAUGGAUAUUUAAAAUCUAGAAAUGCUAUGUUAGAAAAAUUCCCUUUACCUAAAAAUUGGCAUGAAGUUUAUGAUCCUGGAACUGGCAGAUUUUAUUAUUGGGAUGUAGUGAAUGAUUCAGUUUGUUGGCUACCUCCUAGCCACCCUCGUUCAAUUGUUACUGAUUCUGUUGCACAAUUUCGGUUUGAACGUCAUGCUAUAAUGCAAAAUAUGGAUAAAAAGACUUCAGAUUCAGAGAGUAGUAGUGAUGAUAGUGAGGAUGAACGACAAAAAAGAAAAAAAAAUCCUAUGCCACCGCCUGUUCAAGAAAUCCGUGCUAAAGAAGUGAGAUAUGAUCGUGAACCAAAACGUAAAGAUCCUCCAAGAAGAGUAACAAAACACAAUGAUCUUGAUCCUAUGGAUCCAGCUGCUUAUUCAGAUAUUUCCAGGGGAUCUUGGAGUGAUGGACUUACCGUUGAAGCAAAAUCUGGGGUGGACACAACUGCCUCUGGACCAUUAUUUCAAAUGCGUCCAUACCCUAGUCCAGGUGCAGUUUUACGAGCUUCAUCUGGCCAAACCAAGCGUAAAUAAAAUAAAAGAAACUGUAUUCAUCGUCUUAAAUUUUUAUAUUUAACUCAAAAUUCAAAUUAUAAAUAAAAAUCAAAUAAAUGUAAUAAUUAGUUUAA